AUGGUUAUUUGUCUGACAUGGAUAUUAGGUAUAAUCUAUCCACUUGUAUUUCUCUUUACUAAUAAUAUAGUUUAUGAUAUUGACAAUCAAUUAUGUCAAGUUCCACUUCGAUUUUCAUUCUCAAUUAUCUAUUCUGCAUUAUUUAAUUAUCUUAUUCCAUUAUCAAUGACAAUGUUUAUUUAUUUUCGAUUAGUUCAAAAUGUGAAAGAGAUGAGUAAACGAGUAACAUCAACAUAUAUAUUAUCUCGUGCACAACGAGAAUUAAAAAUGGUUCAACAGACAAUCUUUAUUAUGAUAUCCUUAGUUUUUCUUGGCAUUCCCUAUACAAUAUUUAUUCUUAUGUCAUUUUUUAACGAUGUACCUAAAUAUCAUUUUCGAGUUGCUUAUAUAUUUAUCGAUACUUCAUUGAUAUUAAUGAUGAUGAUUUUAUUUCAAUUUAAUGCACCAUUAAAAUCAUCUACAAUGAAAAGAAUCAAUCCACGAACAAAUGUAGUUCUGGCUAUGACAAUACAAAAUUAA